UUUUUUUCACUGCGAACACUCGCUCUCUGUCCGGCUUUUAAAUUAAAAGACUUCUCCAGCCCACCCCUCCUCUCCAUUCAGAGAGGAACAGUUCGCGAUGUUGUUGGAUAAUGGCGACUGUGAUGACGGUGAUGACGAUGGGUGGUCCUUAAAUCCCUUCGGAACUGCUCCGCCAAACUAUCGGCCCGCCUUCACCCUCGCCGGCCAUCCGCCGCCGUUCUCCGAUCAAGUUCUCGAGAACGUCCUCGAGAACGUGCUGUGCUUCCUCACCUCUCAUCGCGAUCGAAACGCGGCUUCCCUCGUCUGCAAGUCUUGGUUUCGCGCUGAGGCCCAGACUCGGCUCGAGCUCUUCAUCGGCAACUGCUAUGCCGUCAGCCCUGCGCGCGCCGUCGAUCGCUUCCGCUGCAUUCAGUCUCUGGUGCUCAAAGGUAAGCCACGGUUUGCAGAUUUCAAUCUGGUUCCAUUGGGAUGGGGAGCGCUAUUUUCCCCGUGGGUUGCCGCCAUGGUUCCUUCUUACCCCUCGCUCGAGAGAGUCUGCCUCAAGCGAAUGACUGUUUCUGACGCCGAUCUUGUGAUCCUAGCAACCUCCUUCCCCUGUUUCAGGGAUCUGUCACUCAUUUGCUGCGAUGGAUUCACCACCGCCGGCCUCGCCGCCAUAGCAGAGAGAUGCAGGCGUCUCCGAUCUCUAGAUCUGAUAGACAAUGACGUUGAGGACGACGAUGAGGAGGUGGUGGAUUGGGUGUCCUGCUUUCCACCAGGGAAGACUUGGCUGGAAUCCCUGGUAUUCGAUUGCGUUGGUUGUGCUGUGAACUUUGAAGCUCUUGAGGCUCUUGUGGCCCGAUCUCCUUCUCUCUGGAGAUUGAGAGUCAAUGAGCACGUCUCUGUCGGCCGCCUCUUCAGGCUCAUGGCCCGUGCGCCGCAGCUCACUCAUCUUGGCACCGGUUCCUUCUCCUCCUUCGAAGGAGAAGGUGAUUUCAGGCCCUCUCUCAAAUCAGCUUUUAUGGCUUCCCAAUCCCUGGUAUGCUUAUCUGGUUUUCGAGAUCUUGCUCCAGAGUACCUUCCCUCAAUUUAUCCGGUCUGCGCAAACCUUAUCUCACUCAACUUGAGCUACGCCCAGAUCACAACUGACCAGCUAAAACCAGUCAUUACCCGUUGCCAUAAUCUUCAAACUUUUUGGGUUCUAGAUUCUGUGCGGGACGAGGGCCUUCGAAUGGUUGCUGCAACUUGUAAAAACCUCAGGGAGCUUAGGGUUUUUCCUUUAGACGCCACAGAGGACUCCGAGGGUUCCGUAUCAGAUAUCGGAUUAGUAGCAAUCUCCGAGGGAUGCAGAAAACUCCAAUCAAUCCUCUAUUUCUGUCAGACAAUGACGAAUGCCGCCAUUAUUGCCAUGUCCAACAACUGUCCGGAUCUGGUAGUCUUUCGCCUAUGCAUCAUGGGUCGUCAUCGCCCAGAUCACCUCACCGGAGAACCCAUGGAUGAGGGAUUCGGCGCAAUCGUCAAGAACUGCAAGAAGCUCACCAGGCUCGCCAUCUCCGGUCUCCUCUCCGACAGAGCUUUUGCUUACAUCGGCAAGUAUGGUAAGUUAGUGCGGACCCUUUCGGUAGCUUUUGCUGGCAAUAGCGAUUUGGGAUUGAGAUACGUGCUGGAAGGAUGCCCUAAGUUGCAGAAGCUUGAGAUAAGGGAUAGCCCAUUUGGGGACACUGGUUUGCUCUCUGGGAUCCACCAUUACUACAACAUGAGAUUCCUGUGGAUGUCUUCAUGCAAGGUUUCGGUGAAAGGCUGCAAAGAGGUGGCAACAAGAUUGCCUCACAUGGUGGUGGAGGUAAUUAGGGACAGGCUGGAGGAUGACAACAGCGUCGCUUUGGAAAAAUUAUAUAUGUAUCGAUCUCUUGUUGGCCCAAGGAAUGAUGCCCCGUCAUUCGUGAAGUUAUUGUAGCGCCAGGUAGCAGGGGAGGAGCUUGAAAAUGAAGAUGAACUACCAUCUCAAUCAUAUCUCUUUCAGCUGAAAGAGAAGACCUUUUCUACCAUUUCACUCGAAGCUCUGCAAAAAAAUCUCUAGCCUUUGCAGGACGAAUUGGUGAGUUUGAGAACUGGCAAAUCGUCUUAACAACCAGAGAAGGUACAAUUUGAUAGCUGAUGGAUGAUAUACUGACUUUGAAGUUGCAGGUAUCUAUGAACCAGAUUUCUCCCAGUUGAAAUUUUUUCUUGCCCUGAAGUGAAGCUUAGGAUUCUAAAAAAAUUUCAGAUGAAAUUAUUAUCUAAUUCUGCAAGUGUAGGACUCUGAUUUAUGUUUUAUAUGUGCUUCCAAUGCUUCGCUUUUAUUGAUUUUUUGCGCUCAA